AGCUGGCCAGAGGAGCUGCUGCAGGCAGAGUCAAAACAAGAGGAAACAGCAGAACGAAGGCAGAGAGGAGGAAGACACAGGAGGGGGGGAGCUUAUUAUUGACUGCAACACCGAGGAGGAACAAUGAUAUCUCAAGCUGGCUCCCAUUACUGAACAGAAACAGGACGAUACCUCAUUUAUGACCAGGGUCCGCACUCCUCCAGGACACCAGAGAGGAGCAGGACUCUAGGACCGGCCUAGAGGCAGAAGAGCCUCACCUGUCUCUGUCUUUGGCACAUGAGCGGGCGCUCCACGCACCGUCCUUCUUCUUCUUCGCAGAGACUCCUUCAUGAAGCCACGUGCUGCCGAGCUGCUGCUUCGCCGAGAUGGAGGGCGAUAAAAACAGAUAACUGAAGGGAAACUUUUCAUCUUCAGCCCCAUAUUGAGACGAAAAGAGCGACUUUUGAUACCAACCUCUGAAAACUGUUGACUUUGAACUUUGAAAAAUGGCGUCCUACAGCCCAGCUCCCACACAGGAAGGGACCAACGGGGGCCCCGCGUCCAUGAAAUCUGAAAGCUCCCAGGAGUCCAUGAAGCUGAAGAAGGAGAUCUCCCUCCUGAACGGGGUCUGCCUCAUCGUGGGCAACAUGAUCGGCUCAGGGAUCUUCGUCUCCCCCAAGGGCGUCCUCAUCCACAGCGCCUCCUACGGCCUGUCCCUGGUGGUGUGGACCGUCGGGGGGAUCUUCUCCGUCUUCGGGGCCCUGUGCUACGCCGAGCUGGGGACCACCAUCACCAAAUCGGGGGCCUCCUACGCCUACAUCCUGGAGGCCUUCGGCGGGUUCCUGGCCUUCAUCCGUCUGUGGACGUCCCUGCUGAUCAUCGAGCCGACCAGCCAGGCGGUGAUCGCCAUCACGUUCUCCAACUACAUGGUGCAGCCCAUCUUCCCCACCUGCAUAGCGCCCUACGUGGCCAACAGGCUGCUGGCUGCCGCAUGCAUAUGUUUGCUGACCUUCGUGAACUGCGCCUACGUGAAGUGGGGGACCAGGGUGCAGGACUUCUUCACCUACGCCAAGGUCAUCGCCCUCAUCGCGGUCAUCAUCACGGGCCUGGUGAAGAUUGGACAAGGUCACACCCAGAACUUUGACGGCAUGUUUGACGGCUCGUCUCAGGAUCCGGGGCACAUCGCUCUGGCUCUGUACUCCGCUCUGUUUUCCUACUCCGGAUGGGACACGCUCAACUUCGUCACAGAGGAGAUCAAAAACCCAGAGAGGAACCUGCCCCUGGCCAUCGCCAUCUCCAUGCCCAUCGUGACAGUGAUCUACAUCCUGACCAACGUGGCUUACUACACCGUCCUCCCCAUCAACGACAUCCUGGACAGCGACGCUGUUGCCGUGACCUUUGCGGAUCAGGUGUUUGGGGUGAUGAACUGGACCAUUCCCUUGGCCGUGGCUCUUUCCUGCUUCGGCGGGCUGAACGCCUCCAUCGUGGCGGCCUCCAGGUUGUUCUUCGUGGGCUCCAGAGAGGGCCACCUGCCUGACUUCCUGUGCAUGAUCCACGUCUUCAGAUACACUCCCAUCCCCGCCCUCCUCUUCAACGGCUUCAUGGCUCUGAUAUAUCUGUGCGUGGAGGACGUCUUCAGGCUGAUCAACUAUUACAGCUUCAGCUACUGGUUCUUCGUCGGCUUGUCUAUCUUAGGGCAGCUCUAUCUCCGCUGGAAGCAGCCCGACAGAGAGAGGCCGCUGAAGCUCAGCCUCUUCUACCCCAUCAUUUUCUGCCUCCUCACCAUCUUCCUGGUGGUGGUGCCCCUCUACAGCGACACCGUCAACUCCCUGAUCGGGAUCGGCAUCGCCGUGUCAGGGGUGCCCGUCUACUUCCUCUGCUGCUACACCCCGGCCAGCAAGAGGCCGCUGUGGCUGCGCAGCUUCAUCGCUAAGUGCGGCAUCCUGAUUCAGAAGGUGUGCUACUCAGUUUUGACGGAGAUGGACAAGUCGGAGUAGAGGCGGUUGUUUUUCGCACACUGGCAGAGACUGAAGACACCGUGUCUGAACUCGGGUCCACCAGCUGCUGCUACUGAAGGGCCCCGGAGGACAAACAUCUGCGCCCCGAGCCGGAUUGGCCUGCCAAUCACCUCCAGGAGACUGGGAACUUAUUUCUCGUGGUGGCAGCCGUGGCUUCAGGGACAAUGAUAAAAUGAACCCCAGGAGUCCUCGUGUGCCUGAGCAUCUCAGUCCAGACAUUUAAUUAUGCCACCUAUUUUGCGUGAAAUCAUGGAAAUGUUUUAUUUUACUUAAAGACUGAAGAUUAUCGAUGAAUUUCUUUAAGCGGGCAUCUUUUGAAACUGAAAGCACUGCUGACCAUCCACCCUGCCUUAACGUUAUUUGCACACUGAAGGAAGAGCAAUAAAAUAAAGUGUUUGACUUGGCGUUCAUGAAGACGUUUAGAUGUUUUACACUGUCGGCCGUGACGUCUGCCAGAGUAAAGGGCUAUUUUUACGCUAAAGCUGCAGAGUCUGACUCAAAUGCUGAAUAGUAGGUCUGUUAGAUUUUGAUCAUGUUCAGCUGCAGAGACUUAUUUAUAAUAAAACGACUUUAUGACUCAGGUUUGUAUAUGAUAAGCAGAAUUUGCUUGUGAGCACAAUAAAACAAUAUCACACACUUUAAA